AUGGCUGACACUGUAAAUGGAGUCACCAUCGGAUUCGAACCGCGAACUGCUCCGACAGAAUAUUUCUAUUUUUUGCAUAUUUCCUCCUAUCCAGAAGUUUCCAACACUGACACCAUUUUUAUAAACGACUCAACAUUAUCCAUUUCAGUAACUACUGCGCAGACGACAACGCCAGAAAUUAGUGCAAAUAGCCCUAUUGGAGGCAGGGAAUUCUGGGAGCAGUGUCUUAUCGCAGUGGUGUUGAGUUCAAUUGCUCUAGCAGCAAUGAUAGGCAAUGUUCUUGUUAUUGCGGCCGUGUGGCGUUACCGUCGCCUACGUUCUGUCACCAACUGCUUCGUUGUGUCUCUAGCCUUAGCUGACCUGCUCGUCUCAAUUCUUGUCCUCCCUCUUAACAUUGUUGUCGAAGUGACGGGUCAGUGGCUGUUCGGCAGCAUCGUCUGUGAUUUGUGGGUUUCCUCCGACGUCCUUCUCUGUACGUCAUCCAUCUUGAAUCUUUGUUGCAUCAGUCUCGAUCGAUAUUUUGCAAUCACUCGACCGCUUAUCUACUCCACACGGCGAAAUAAACGACUUGCUAUCUUCAUGGUAGCCGUAGCUUGGGGGCUGGCUGCUGUGGUCACUUGUCCUCCAAUUUUCGGCUGGAAAGAAGAAGGACGUGACCUAGCAGAUGGUUGCUCGUUGACCCGUGACCCCGGUUAUAUCAUCUAUUCUUCCUGUGGUUCUUUUUUCAUCCCCCUUUUAGUAAUGCUCUUCGUCUACGCCCGGAUAUAUCAUGUAGCGAGCAAAAGAGAAAAGCGUCUGCGACCAUAUUGGAGGACAUUUUUUGAUGGCCACCAGCGACAGCAGUCGAGUAAUAAUGAAGGCGCCGUCUGCAAGAGGCAGUUUGUCUCUUCGUCGUCAGUAGAUGGGGACAAUUCGCACGGUCCACCGCUUUCAUCACCGACAAGCGCAUGUCCGACUGUCGGGCAUUCUCGAAGUACUUCUCUUGUCACAGGAGAGAGGCCAUCUUCUUUAAUCAGAGACAGGACAGCCCCAACUGAAAAUGAUGAAUUCAAUUGUCGCAUAACCGGACACAGAAAUGAGAAGGGAUUUCUCCGGAGGUUUAAAUCGUCACUUAGGCGCUGCUCAAAAACACAAUCCCGUCGGUUUUGCAACAGAACUGAAGGAACGACUAUACCAGGAACAAGUAACCAAGCUCCAACUAGACAUGAAGUCAGACUCACAAAUACUAGUGAACACAGUGGUGGCGGAGGCAGUAGUAAUAAUCGUCGUAUUAGUAACAGUAGUAACAGCACUUGCAGCAAUAACAAAAUCAAACCAAGUAAAAACAAGUUGAGACUUUUUUCGUCUUGUUAUCCCCAUCAUCAGCAGCAAUCACACUACCACCAACAGCUUUAUCGAAGCAAUGACAACCACGAAGCCACCGACGUAACGGAAAGAAACGUUGCCUUGACGCCCUCAAUGACGCAAGCUUCUGUCCCUCUUCUGACGCCAGCGGCUUCUUUUAAUGAUGAUUUCAACUCCGGCGAAGAAGACGAACCCGCCAUAACUCUCGUCAACAUAAAAACAAACAGAGAAGAUGAAAAAGAUUCAACGAAACUUCCAUUAUCUCACAGCAACGUUAGCCAAUGUAAUUCUUCACGAAAAAGCGGAACGACAAAAACAACGACAAACAGACGAUCAGAUAACAUAUCCAGCGGAUAUAGACCACUACUUCCUCGUCGUCUGCUUCACUCAUCAUCGUCUAAUCAAAAACCAUCGUAUGAUCGUUCAGGUCACAAUACAGACCCCUAUACAGACAGAGGUCGGCUAAAAAGACGGCUUGGUCUCGAUCGACGACGAAUGAUUCCACGGAGAUAUAUAACAAGUUUAUCGUCGAGGACCUCCAGACUUUCCCUAAAGUCUUGCCGACCCACACUGGAAAUCACACCGCCAAGUCCUUCUCCCAGAUCGAACAGGCCAGUUUCAACUUCCAUAGCUACAUCCAUUAUUUCCACUACUACAACUUCCAGUGCUGAUGCUAUUGCGAGUGCAGCAAGAAGGUUGGAUGGUGAGUCAGCAUCUUCGCGACAUUUAACCAGGCUUCCGGCAGGGCCGGAAGAGGCGUCGGUUGCAGAAAACCGACGUCGGAAUCGUGUUGUGGAGCGAAGCCUCUAUAUGAAAGAACGCAAGACAGCCAAAACUCUUGCUAUCGUAGUCGGCUGUUUUGUCGUCUGUUGGCUUCCAUUUUUUCUUAUCUAUGUCAUCGACGUCUUCUGCACUCAGUGUCAUGUCACCCCAACACUCUUCUCGGCUCUUACUUGGCUCGGUUAUUUUAAUUCAGCUCUUAACCCUCUUAUAUAUGCCCUUUACAAUACAGGAUUCCGUCAUGCAUUUUGGAAUCUUACGUUUGGCCUGUGUUUCGCGGGAGAGCGACGAUCAACGCAUCUUUUACCCAGUGUCACAUCUUAUGGGGGCAGGGCCGUUACCGGCGGGGCAAAUCUUAAGAGUGCAUUUUCAACAGUAACUGAUAUGAAAUAA